AGUUAAAUUGAGAGUAGAGAUUCAUUCACUUCUGCCCUGUCACUGCCUAGCCAGCACUCCUCACUUUGUUCUCUUUCUCUUCAUGUCAGAAGAAACUGCUUUUAAUGAAGAAGUGGCUGCUCUAAAGGGAUAUAGAAAGAGACAGCCACUGUUCCCCUAUCUUCACCCUGGGAUGGGCCUUUCACUUCUUUCUUUUGGUGUGUAUUUUGAAUGAUUUUGAAGCAGGUGAAACAUUGAAAACUGCAAGGCUGCGCUUGAGACAAAAAGCAACAGUCUCAUCUAAAAGGAGAAAGGAUGAUUGGAGAGGUGAUUCCCAACAUUGUAAGGUUUCAUGAAUAUCUCAUCAAAAGAACGGAUGACAGAGUACGGGACUACCCGCUGAUGCAAAGCCCUGUCCAGAUGACCCUGAUCUUGUUGGGAUAUGUGUUCCUUGUACUGUAUGCUGGGCCACGCUACAUGGCCAAUCGUAAACCCUACAAACUCAAAACAGCUAUGGUCAUUUAUAACUUCUGCAUGGUGGCCUCCAAUGCCUACAUUGUUUAUGAGUUCUUGAUGUCUGGUUGGGGAACCACAUAUACCUGGCGAUGUGACCUCAUUGACCCCUCCACCAAUCCCCGGGCCCUCCGAAUGAUUCGAGCAAGCUGGUUGUUCUACUUUUCAAAAUAUGUUGAACUUCUGGACACUGCAUUUUUUGUGCUGAGGAAGAAGCACAGCCAGGUGACGUUCCUACACAUCUUUCACCAUUCCUUCAUGCCCUGGAGUUGGUGGUGGGGCAUCACUCUUACUCCUGAGGGCGGAAUGGGCUCCUUCCAUGCCAUGGUGAAUGCUAUGGUCCAUGUUAUCAUGUACACCUACUAUGGCCUUGCUGCUGCUGGUCCACGUUUCCAGAAGUACCUGUGGUGGAAGAAAUAUAUGACUGCUAUCCAACUGAUUCAGUUUAUUGUGGUGUCUGUCCACAUUUCCCAAUACUACUUCAUGGAGAAGUGUGACUACCAGGUGCCCAUCUUUAUCCAUCUUAUUUGGAUCUAUGGCAUGUUCUUCUUUGUGCUCUUCUCAAACUUCUGGAUCCAGGCGUACGUGAAGGGCAAACGGCUCCCUGCCAUUACUGAAGACAAACCCAAGCAGAAUGGCUUUGUCAGCGGUAGCGAGGCAGUUGCAGUGCCCAAUGGCAAACACCUUGAGAAUGGCACUGACCACUACACAAAUGGAUUUGCCCUCAGUGCGAAAAUAAAGGAGGUCUAAAAGAAAGGAUAAAAGCUCAGAACUGAAAUCUCAGACUACCAUAGGACUUAACAUGAAUGCCACAUAUUCCAAGAAAAGAUUUUUUUUUUUUUUUUUUUUUUUGGUUCCCUUACCCAAAUGGAUGUUGUAUGAUUGCACGGGAGAUGACAUGGCACAUGGUCCGUUCAACUGCUUUGUUUUGUAUUUAUUAAUAUUUGAGAACAACUGACUGACUGGGGAGCACAAUGCAUGACGAGAAGGCCUCCACUGAUGUUGCUCUGCAGUGUGGCGAUAAAGUCCACCUGUCAUUGUCCCACCGACUUCCUUUUUAAGCAUGUAUGAUUCUCUCAGUUGCUCGAGAACAAUGUACAGUUCCCAUGGAUCUAAUUCAAGUAUAGCUGUAAAUGUUUUUCAAGUUAGGUGGGAUUAAUGUUAAUGUUAAUACUAUGCAUAACUUAAACCAAUAAACCUUUUUUAUAUGUUAAACUUUGAACAUUAUAAAAAUUAUUAAUGUGAAGCUUGUUUGCUCUGGUAUGCUACGAACAUUGCACAAGGAGUUUGUAUGCAGACUGAUCUGUCACGUGUUUGAGUGACAGCACCAUUUUUGUAUAUGUGCCCUCACUGUCACCUAACUUUAUGUGAAAAGAAAAUGAAUGAGGAACACAACUUAUUUCCCUCAAGUCUUGAUAUGCAGCUUCACUAUGAAAUAAUCUGAUUUGUUUCUAAAGGUCUGGCUUUUUCCCUAGAGCAGUCAAAUGUCAUAAAAACAGGGAACAGCUAAAAGCUAAACAUUUCAUUAAAAUGACAAAAGAUGUGAUGUGUGAAUGACAUGGUACCAAGAUAAGUUAUCAUUUAUCAUUCAGUGUAACUAUUUAAUUGAAGUGUUAUCUGCUGUUAUUUUCAGACUGAAUCACCUUCAUAUGCCAAGUACACUGCAUGCACUAAGAAUUUUUUUUGGUGUUCUUAGUUUUACCUGUUCUGAAUUCUGAUGCAGUCUUACUUUGUAUGCAAUUGGCUACUCAUAGUAAACUGAUGUUGCUACCUCCUGAAACCACAAGGACAAUUAUUCUGUUGCUCACUAACAAUAUUUGGUGACUGGUAAACAAUUUAUGAUUCAGGGAUUAAUAUAAGAAGUCAAAUCAGUUCAACAGUUGUUUUCACAAGUAGGGUGGAUUUUAAAGUGUUGAGCCCUUAAGGUGGUGUUUUUGUUUUGUUUUUAAAGAGACAACACUCCAGCAUUAUUGGCAACCUUUGAGAAUAAGCAGCAAAUAUACUAUGAAAGUUAGGGAAGUGUAGAAUAAAAAUAAGUCUUUUUUGCACAUGCCAGAUUUGACAUCAUUGGAAAUAUUUGCAAAAGCUCAGCUGUAUAUUCAUUCACUCUGUUUACCUUUUGUUGUUUUGGCUGCACCAGAGCUUUUUAACUCUGUAGACACUUGGGUAACAUGCAGCCAAAUGCCCCUAGUCAUUCAACAAGGAUCAGAUCAAAGAAAGCUUUCUCGAUACUGCUGGAACUUUUUUUUUUUACACAACAAAGGAUUGUAAGGGAAACAUACACUACCAAAAACAGGCAAUGUACCACAUUUCAAAAAUACACAGUGUUACAAAUUUAAGAUCAAAAGACACAAAGUACAGCAUGAUAAACCCUAAAGGCUGCACUUCAUUACAAAGCAUGCACCUAGUCAACAAAUGUUUCUGGUGUCCAUCCCAUAGCUGAACAAGACAAAUCAAGAAAAAUGUAUGCCUGAGCGCAUAAAUGAGAACCCUAUAAAUGGCCCCCAAAACUGGGCUGAUAAACCCUGCUGUAGAUGGCAAUACGUAGGUGCUAAAAAAAAAAA